AUUCGUCAAAGCGACGAAAGUUGGCACUCUCGUUCUAAAUAUAUUCAAUGAACCUGGUUUAUCUGUGACGAUGGUGUCGUGAAAAGUUUCCUGGAUAUGGGGAAUACGCACAUCAAACCCCAUCCCCGACAGAGAAAUAAGAAACAAGUACAUUGGAAAGCAGCUGUAGAUUGCUUCAGUAGUACGAGUAGGCUUAGCAGAAUAAUAUUAGCUCGUCCUCAUGCUCCUGGAAAACCAUUCCUGGUUGCUGAGGCAGAACAAACUCCCGAUUUAGUCACCAUACGCUGGAUCAAACCACCUAGCGAUGGAGGAUCUCCAAUUUCCGGCUACCUGGUCGAACAUCGACGAACUGGUUCGCCACACUGGGUUAGGGCCACUCCGCUUCUCGUCCAACUCAACGAGCUCACCAUCAGUGGCCUUGAACCAGGCUGGAGGUAUCAGUUUAGGAUCAGUGCUGAGAACGCCGUAGGUAUUUCCGAUCCCAGCGAACUAUCAGAACCUAUAACAGUAACACUACAAAGAUCUGCUGUGACAGCACCAAGAAUCACACAGGAAUUACAGGAUACUAGUGCUUUAGAAAACGAAAAAGCGGAGUUUGUGGUCCAUUUUCUUGGCCAGCCACCUCCAAAAGUUUGUUGGUACAAAGACGCAUUUGAGAUUUUUAGUAGUCGAAGAAUACGAAUCCUUACUGAAAAUGACAGAAGCGUUUUAACCAUACAUCAGUGCUCUUUGUCUGAUGAAGGUGAGAUUAAAUGCACUGCUACUAAUCGCGCAGGUCAUGUUUCAACCAAAUGUAAACUGGUGGUUGAAGCUCCUCCGACAGUUAGACUCCCAAGGCAAUACGAAGAUGGCUUGCUAUUUGAAAUGGGAGAACUGAUACGACUUAAAGUUUCUGUUGCUGGACAUCCGACUCCAUUGGUCUUCUGGAGCCAUAACGGAGAAUCGAUUAAGAAUGACGAUAAUUACGAAAUCGAAUACGUCGAUAAUUCAUCAAUUUUGAAAAUAACCGAAGCUAAACGAGAAGAUAGAGGUGAAUAUUUGGUAAAAGCUGUCAACAAAUUGGGGGAACAUACACAAUCUUUCUUAGUAACGGUAACAAAUAAACCUUCUCCUCCAGGAAGAGCUAGAGUAGUAAUGGCUUUGGGCAGAUCGGUAACUCUAUCUUGGAAUAUACCCAAUGAUGACGGUGGUUGUAAAAUAGGAAAUUAUAUCAUAGAAUAUUAUAGACUAGGCUGGGAUGUUUGGUUGAAAGCUGCUACUAGCAGACAGCUUACAACCAUGUUGGGAGAUCUGAUAGAAGGAAGCGAAUACAAAUUUCGCGUAAAGGCUGAAAGUCCCUAUGGUAUAAGCGAACCUAGCGAAGAAUCAGAGGUUAUAUUUAUUCCUGAUACAAAAAGAGGUAUUGUUGAACCACCUCCAAGAAGUAAAAGUCAACCAAGAGAUAUACCUGAGCCGCCAGUAACGCCAGCUGCUAGGAGGAAAAAUAAACCGAGGUCUGCUUCUUCUACUAGGGUAGAAGAGGAUCAGAAGAUGAUACCCACGACAGUUUCUAGUGCACCGCCAGUGCGUCCUAUGCGCACCAAAGUAAAAAGUCCUACAAAGACACCAGAAGCUUCUCCGUUGCCACAUAGAAGAGACUUAAAUACUGUAGCCAAUAAAAAAGAACUGGAAGCAAAGCUUAACAAAGAAAUAUUCUCUAGAGCCGACAGUACAGUAACUCGGGAUAUGGCUUAUGGUAGUCCUGAUAUUAAGCUUAAAAAAGAAGUACCUGCUUCAAACUAUUUAACAUCUGCGUCAUCUAAUAUGUCAAGUAGUUCUGGUGGAAGAUCAAGCAGAAGUCCCAGUCCUAGUACAGAGAAAAUUAGUGAUCACAAAGUAUACAAAGUUAAAAUUGAGAAACCGCCUCGAAACGACAAGAAUCUCUCUCCAAGUCCUCAACAGUUACGAAAGUCUAGAUUAUCAAGAGAUAAUAGCGAGAACUUAACAGGAAGUUCGGAGUUUAUGUUAGUUCUUUAUCCUGAUGAAAAUCAAAAGGGUCAAUCAGACUUAGACUUCGAAGACUCAAUUCCACCUCCAAUGUCGUUGUCAGCACCAGAACUUGGAAUUGAAGCACCCAUGUUCACCCCAAUUAAAACCUCUGCCAGUUCCACUGAAUUAUUGCAUGAAAGAGCAAUGAAUCGAUUAUACGAAGCAGCCAAAGCAGAAGAACAAGAGUUAGAAAGAAGACGAAAAUCCAUCGAGAUGAGAGGACUGAAUAUAGAGAUUCCGAAAAUUCAAAUAAAUUCCAAAGACCGACACGAUAAAUCCGGGAAAGAUAAACUUGAGUUAGAAAGAGUAAAUUCGAUAAAAAGAAGAUUAUCUGGUGGAACAGCACAGCAUCUUUGGACGAGAAGACAUAGUCUUAAGAGUUAUGAUGAUGUAAAAGGUGAUACUAUUAUUGAAUCACUUGAGAAAUCUAACCUAAGUCCCGAAGAAAAGCGAGAAAUGAUGAUGAAAAGGCAACGGUCCGAUUCAGAGGAAAUAGAAGAGCAAAUGUUCGAAGAAAUACGUUCAAAAAUGUCAGUGGAAAAACAAGACAGCAAAGAAAAACGCAAGAUCAAUAUUGCAGAAGUUGAGAAAUGGGCAGAUGACUAUGUCUCAAGUACAGAAGAUUCUUCUUUCGAAGAAGAUGAUGACGAAAUAAAUAAAAGUGAUCAAAAAUUUUCUUUUAACGAAACAGACGAAGAAGAAGAGACAUAUCAUCCAAGAGAAUUAAAAUCCAUGUCGUUUACCAAAGAAGAACCGUUCGAAAUUUUAACCAAGAGAAAAGAACCACCCAGCCCAAAUUUUAAACCCAAACCAAUUCUGAAGAAAAAGGAACUAGAAGAAACGCUAUUAAGUUCUCCUAUAGGCUCACCAACAUUAAAACGGGCUCUUUCGCCAAUUCCUCCUGCUUUAAAGCCGAAAGAUCGUCAUGCUGCUUUAGCAGGGAAGUCACACACCCUUCCUUUAUUGCAAAAAACUAUUCCUGAAGAAGUUACUACCAGCCCUAGAAUUAGAUCAAUAUCACUUACUGAGAACGAUGAAAACAAAUCGGCCCAAAGAAAGAGAUCAUUUUCUUUAUUACCUCAGGACGAACUUCUACCAGUUUCGGAAGAAAAACCCAACAAUGCAAGAAAGAGAUCUUUCUCUUUGUUGCCACAAGCUGAGCUUCUUCCUAUUGAAGAGGAUAAGCCGACCGUUGCCAGAAAGAGAUCAUUUUCUCUUAUUCCUCCUGAUGAACCAAGUACCACAAUAGCUCCAGAAAGCAUAUACAAUCUUAAUCCGCCCAAAAUGUCUUUUUUAAUGCAAACUAUUUCUGCGGCUGCUACAAUCUCUGGAAUAACAGCAGCAAGCAUUGUCAUACCAGAUCGGCUUGUAGAGAAACAAAAAGAUGCCGAAGAGGCUAAGGUAGUGGUAGAUCACUACAGUGAUAUUGUUAGGAAUUACGGCUCUAGAAGAAAGUCUAACGCAUCCUUAAGAUCGAGUUCUUCAUUUAACAAAAGCCAAGAUUCUUUGCAAAAAAGCAACGACUCUUUACCUCGGAAAAGCUUAGAAAGCUUAGCAGAAGCCAGCACAACGCCAACUGUCAAAACCACCUACCGUAGUAAUGAAAAAUCAAAUCCUAUACCUGUUUCCAACUAUCAUGAUCCUUAUCUGUCAUAUAGAAGCCCUCAAAGUAAUCUUAAUAAGCAGGGAAAUGCUUUAUCUUCAGUUUCUUCUUCUGCGGAAAGUGGAUAUCUUAGUUCUCAAAGCCAAUCACCUUUGGCAGCCAACAAAGGAAAUAAUGCAACAGCAGACAAAACUCUUCGUGAAGGAUCAGCUCCUAAACCAGUCUCUGUAGAUCAUAAGUCAAAUUUGCCAAUAAUAGAAAAACAAAGUAAUACUGUUUCUCCAACACCUGGAAAACCAAUCAGUAGACCAUUUUCGCCAACGUCCAAGGAACAAGUGGAUCGACCAUUUUCUCCCACAAGACAGCCUGGUAGACCUCUUUCACCAACACCCGAAAAAGAAAUAAGUCCGCCAUUCUCUUCUAGACCGUUUUCAUCAACAACCGAUGAGAAAGUAGAUCGUCCAUUCUCUCCGACAAUGCAAACUAACAGAAGAGCAUCAAAGCCUGAAAAUAACCGACCGUUUUCUCCAAAUUUCGAGAAACAACCUCCUAGACCCUUUUCUCCAACUACCAAUAAACAAGAGGAUGCUCCUUAUUCAGAUCUAUCUUCUUCAAGAGAACCUCCCGAUAGAAAAGUUUCGGCAUCACCAGCUCGCAAACAAGAAAAACGAAAGGCUGCUUCUCCAUAUCCUAAAAAUAGGAGGACAUCACCAUCUCCUAUGGGAUAUAACGACCCUUAUACAUCGGAAACACCAAGUAAAAGGAAAACUUCUCCUUCUCCAAUGCGCAGUAGAAAGACGGACCCCUCCCCGAUGAGGAUAAGACCACCAAUGUUAAAAGAAAUCAUGACACAGACUUCUGAAGGUUUGGGAUCAAUGGAUGAAAAUUAUCCAGAAUUUUUACGGAAUCAAAAGCUGGAAGAACUACACGCACAGGCAGAAGUUAAGGUGCAUUAUUUCGUUGAUUAUCUCACCGAUUUGGCGAUGUUUUCAGUAGCAUGUUGGUUCUACCUGUUUAGUAAUGAACUAUUUGCCAUUCCUGUUUUAUUGGUACUGGCAUAUAGACAGCUGCAGGUGCAGUUUAAGCAGUUCCAAGACAAGUGUAUACAGUUUCAAGAUAGAUGUAGACAAAUUCCAAAUAGACUAGCGAGCAAAGUUCCCAGAUGGAUGUUACGUCUAAUGCGAAGAACGAAAUCAGACUGAGACUGUGGUGUUUAGUGUUUUUAGGGUAACGUAUUCUUUAUUAUACAGGGUGUCCCGAAAAGAUUGGUCAUAAGGUAUACCACACAUUCUGGGGUCAAAAAUAGUUCGAUUGAACCUAACUUACCUUAGUACAAAUGUGCUCAUAAAAAGAGUUACAGCCCUUUGAAGUUACAAAAUGAAAGUCGAUUUUUUUCAAUAUAUCGAAAACUAUUAGAGAUUUUUUAUUGAAUAUGGGCAUGUGUCAUUCUUAUGGCAGGAACUUAAAACAAAAUUAUAGCGAAAUUUGUCCACACCAUAAAAAUUUUAUGGGGGUUUUGUUUCCUUAAACCCCCCCAAACUUUUGUGUACGUUCCAAUUAAUUCAUUAUUGUGAUACCAUUAGUUAAACACAACGUUUUUAAAACUUUUUUUCCUCCUAGCAUUUUUUUAUAAGCCAGUUUUUAACGAGAUGCGGCUUCUUUUGUAAUAUGUUUACAUAAAAAUUUUAUGGGGGUUUUGUUCCUUUAAACCCCCCAAAUGUUUGGGUACGUUCCAAUUAAACUAUUAUUGUAGUACCAUUAGUUCAACACGUUGUUUUUAAAAAAUUUUUGCCUCCUAGUCUUUUUUUGAUAAGUCACCUUUUAUCGAGAUGUGGCUUCUUUUUCAAAAUAUACCUAAUAAUGUAAAUUAUAAAUAAAUUUUCAGAUUAUUAACAGGUCUCUAUAAUCGUACUUAACCUUAUACAAAUAUGUGGUGGAUUCGACAAAUAUUCAAAAUAUCUCGAUAAACACUGGCUCAUCGAAAAAGUACUAAGAAGCAAAAAAGUUUAAAAAAUAUUGUGUUUAACUAAUGGUGCCACAAUAAUAAUUUAAUUGGAACAUACACAAAAGUUUGGGGGGGGUUUAAGGGAACAAAACCCCCAUAAAAUUUUUAUGGGAUGCACAAAUUUUACUUUAAUUUUUUUUUAAGAUGUUGCUAAGAUAAUAAUGCCACAAUGUCCAUUUUUAAUAAAAAAUCUCUAAGAGUUUUCGAUAUAUGAAAAAAAUCGAUUUGCAUUUUGUAACUUCAAAGGGCUGUAACUUUUUUUGUGUGCAAUAUUGUAUAUAGGUUAGUGAGGUUUAAUCAACCUAUUUUUGACCCCAGAAUCUGUAGUGUAAUUUAUGACCAAUCUUUUCGGGACACCCUGUAUAUACCUCGGUAUUGAGACGUCAACGCUCUUCCGGCAGGGAUCUAUGGAGGAGUAUCACUGAGCCGCAAGUCCUUAUUCCUUGCCGUACUGCUCCCCCAUAGGCCGAUCAGACACCAGUGUAUUCCAGUCUAAGCCUCAGAUUCUUACGAAUUUUAAACUGUCGCGUUAGCCUUUUUUGUUUUCCGUUCACCAGGCCAGGAAUUGAAUUCUCUUUCAUCACGGCGAAGUGAUGCGUGAUCUUCUUACGUGCGUACAAAGUACACAAACAUUCUUUUUUUUUAUAAUUUUCACAUGUUUUAUUCCUGACAUUUCUCUGCUUCUGGUCAUGGUUUACACAUGCCAUGAAAUUAUCUUUUCACUCUGGCCAUAAAGGUAGAUACAACUUGGAGAGCAUCAUCAAAAAAUUGAAUAUUCCAAGAUUUGCUACCUUCCUAUUAAUCGUCUUCAUAUUUUUUUUUAUUCCACAAAAGUAAUUUGGCUCGCGAGUUUAUAAAUUGGUCAAAUAUAUUACCAUAUAGCUCCAUAUUAAUUUCCAAUAUGAAUUUCUUUGCACCAACGAGGUAUAUUCUUUUUGGCAUAAAUAUACCUAUCAUUUUCCUUGCCUGAACCGUCUUCUUCUUAUAUUAAACGAUUGUAAUUUCUAUGAUGUGGAGUCUAUGACAUAGAAAAUAUAUUGUUUGUAUUUAAUUCUUACUUUCUACAAUAAAUCCUCUACAUAAUACCUAGUGUUACAUUGGCUUUAUAUUUUCAGUCACACAAUAUUUACUACUGGGCUUCUUUAUUUUACCAACCCUUCUUUACAUAAAACUUUCUUUGGAAGAUAAAUUAUUUAGGUUUGAUUUUAUGCCCCAGUGUAAGGACUGUUUCCAGAUUAUACUCUUUGUUUUACAAUUUGAUUCAACAAUGAAUAUGAUGGCAAUUUCAAUGACAUAAAUUAAUUUGACUUAUUUACACAGAACAAAGCUGAUUACUGGUUAUAACAGUCUAUAACUGAUGCCGUGAAUAACUUUGUAACAUAGGUACUCGUAUUACGAUUUUCUUAAAGUUUACCUAUUAUUGUAUAUCUAAUUUAUAUAAGUUACUUAUUUAGAUUAUUUAAUAUAACUGUACUCGAAAUGUUAUUGUUAAUUGAAUAAAAUAUUUUUAUGUA